AUGACUUUGUUUUUCGUUGAUGGCCGAUUGCGCCCCGGCGACCACAUUUUAAAGAUUCGUGGUAUCACGGUACAUGGUAUGAGCUCACAACAAGUUGCUACGAUCCUCAGGCAGCAGGAUGCUGUGGUGGAACUGGUUGUCGGCAGGCCAGCCGCCGCUCCGGAUGAGUGUUCGAGCGAUGCUCCCAGUAAGUUUCCAGCAGUUCUUUAG